CACGGCACGCUACAGUCAGUGAGCAGUACUUGUUCGGGACCGGAGCUACGCCUCCCAGCCGCAUCUGGAUUUAAGAUAUACUUUUAUCUGCCUGCUUAUAUUAAUAUAUUGAUUGAUUAGCAACACUAAUGGCCAAAGUUAGCGAUAAGGUUAAGCAAAAGUCGAAUUACGAUAGUGCUAAGCGCCCUUCCAUAAAUCGAAGAAGACGCAAUGAUUCAAGACCCAAAGCUGCUCUUGCCCGUGGAGGGGGUAAAGUCAUCCCUCUGAUAAACGGUAAGCAAAAGCCCAACGCAAAACGAAGACGACGCAAUGAUUCAAGCCCCAAAGCUGCUCUUGCCCGUGGAGGGGGUAAAGUCAUCCCUCUGGAAAACGGGAAGCAAAAGUCCAACGCAAAACGAAGAAGACGCAAUGAUUUAAAACACAUCGCUGCUCUUAUUCUUGCUCGUGGAGGGAGUAAAGGCAUCCCUCUGAAGAACAUCAAGAUGCUGGCAGGAGUUCCUUUGAUCGGAUGGGUGAUCCGAGCAGCAGUGGACUCUGGGGUGUUUGACAGUGUUUGGGUGUCCACUGAUCAUGAUGAGAUCGAGAAAGUGGCCGAGACUUGGGGGGCUCAGGUGCACAAGAGGAGUCCAGAGGUGUCCAAAGACUCCUCAAGCUCACUGGACACCAUUCAGGAGUUCAGCAGACACCACCCAGAGGUUGCCGUCAUCUGUAACAUCCAGGCCACUUCUCCAUGUCUGCACCCUCAACAUCUCAAAAAGGCUGUGGAGUGCAUCACUAAAGAAAAGUGUGAUUCCGUCUUCUCUGUGGUCCGGCGACACCAUUUCCGAUGGCAAGAGGUCAAGAAAGAUUGCCAAUGUACAAAGCCAUUGAACCUGAACCCAUCUUGCAGGCCACGGCGUCAGGACUGGGACGGAGAACUGUGUGAAAAUGGCUCUUUCUACUUCGCUACCAAAGAACUUAUAAAAAAGGGGCUACUUCAGGGUGGAAAAAUGAAGUACUUUGAGAUGAAGCCCGAGCACAGUGUGGAUAUCGAUGUUGACAUAGACUGGCCCGUUGCUGAACAGAGAGUGCUGAGGUUUGGUUACUUCGGGAAGGACAAACCUGAAGUUGUGAGGCUUCUGCUGUGUAACUUAUCAGGAUGUCUGACAGACGGUCAGAUGUACAUCUCAGCUAAAGGAGAGGAGAUGUUGUCCAUCAACACCAGAGACCAGGCUGGCAUCGACAUGCUGAAGGAAGGGGGAGUGGAGGUUAUUUUGAUAGAAAAAAAACCCAUUGCAAAAGCCUUAGCUAACCAACUCUCAAAGAGAAUGAGCUGUAAGAUGCUGCAGAAUGUGCGUGACAAACUGAAGAAGGUGCAGAUGCUCAUGAAGAAAAGAAGGCUGGAGUGGAAAGAGGUGGCAUAUUUAGGAAACGAUGAGCCUGAUGUAAAGUGCCUGGAACUGGCAGGGUUGAGCGCAGCACCCAUGGAUGCCCCAACAGUUGCGCUCAACCAUGCCAAAUACAUCUGCCACAAAGCAGCGGGUCAUGGAGCCGUGCGAGAGUUUGCCGAACACAUCCUACUGCUGAAAAAGAAGGCUAAGUCUCAGAUGGAGCAGGAUAGAAUUUGCAACACAUUUUAGGAGAGAUAGAGGUGUUCAUAUGGGCAAAUGGUGCAAUUGUCAAGUUCUGAUCUAUUCCACACUUGAAAAGGACAAUCCCUCCACAUGAAGCUUUUAACUGGAUUUCACUCAAUAAACAGCCAUGGGAACA